GCGACCGCCGCCGCCGGGGGCCACGCGGCGACGACGAUGACGUCUUCGCCGCGUUCCAGGCGCAUCUCGUGUCCAUGGCGAUCCUGUGCGGGUUCGGCGGAGAGGAGGAGUCGCUGCCCGAGGAGCUCAAGGAUUUUCUGCAGAGUGAUGGUCGCAGUGAGGGGAGCAGUGACGGGAGUGGCGGCGGUGGUGGCAGUGGUGGUGGUGGCAGUCCUGGCGCAGGCAACAGGCUCGAGUUGACGUUCCCGUACUAUGGCGCGUCGAGAGGGUUUCUGAGCAGGCUGGACCGGAUGAACGCUCUCGUGACGGCACGGGCGGUCGCGGCUCGUGGAGGAACCAUCAUGCUCGAUAGACACACGGACGAGGAGCUCGAUCAGCUCGAGCUGCAGCUAUACCUUGACUUCCCCCCGUCCAUGACUGGCAAUGCCGGCGGCGGCGGCGGCGGUGGUGCUGCUCAGGUACACCCCCCUAUGUUGGCGCCCACGCACGCCCUCAUGCUGCACCACAUGGCUCAGGCAUUCUACUAUGCGAGCCUGGUCUUUUGUCAGCGGUGUGUCCGGCGGCAGCCGCUCUCGGCAGUGCAGGUCCUCGUGGACAGCGGCGUGAGGCAGCUCGAGGCCAUCGAGGCCGUGUCGGCCGGGUCAGCGGGGUCGGUCAUGAUGUGGCCGGCGCUGGUGCUCGGUGCAGAGUGUGACGGGCCGGGUCUGCAGAGGAGGAUGAGGGCGUGGUUUGAAGCAAAAAGAAAGCUGGGUUUCGGAAAUGUGGCAUUGCUGAAAGAGCUUGUUGAGACAGUAUGGGCGGCGAGGACGGAGAAAGGAAACGAGAGGGACAAGGGUGAUGAGACACUGGGAUGGCAGGAGCUGAUCUGUGAGGACAGGUUCGAUGUCUUCAGGCUCUGAGAAUUAGCCGAGUCAGUAGGCUCGGAUGGGCAUAUAGAUCAUGCCAUCAGAAGCAACAUGAUGGAAGACCUCCAACUUAGAUGUGUGAAGAUCUUCACGAACGACCAAUAGAGCCUCACAGGCAAGCUCUGCAAGGCUGCCCAAGCAGCAGGCGCCUCUGG